AUGGCGGAAAACUCGGCAAGCGUAGCUAAAAUGGCUAGGCUUUUGGCCAUUAGUCAAAUUCUUAUUGGAUUUUUACUGUUUAGUUUCGGCAUUGCCGAUCGACUUGUCCCUGGAAGCUUUACUGGCUACGUGUAUUCUGGAGUUUGGAUCGGAAUAUGGGUAAGCAAAAUCAUUUUCCUGCUUAUUAUAAAGGGAUAAUAUUACUUUUAUGUUGAAUAAGUUUAGAAAACGUCUGAUACAGACGCCUUUUGAUACACGCUUUUUUGUUUAUAGGAACCAAUUUCGCUAUCAUGAUCGUCCGGAUCGUCCCGAUCGCCCCAGUCGUUUCAAAAAACUUCGACAAGAUCCGGAUGACUGGGACGAUUGAUGGUCUCGAUCGCCUCAACGACAAGAGACGCGGGAUCGUCAGCGAUGUUUCUGGGUCAGACAUUAGAAUUUUUGCGCGUGUUUCGCAAACAAGCCAAACAUAAUGAUGCAUUUAAUCGGAGAGCGAACGUCGGGCCUUGCGAUGUGCUUUUUAAUUUCUCUUGAUUUUGCGGCGUCGAGAAGCUACAAGAGUUCCACGAGGACAUAUAGUAUCAUAUAGUAGAUAGCUGGAUUUUUGAAAACCGGGUUAGCAAAAAUAUCAUCUCAUUCUACUACUUGGCAAUUUAAAACAAUAAAACUCAUUCAAAGGCCGAUUAAAAGCGUUUAUCUGACGCCGGGCACUAACUUAAUGGUCGAUCCCUAGAAGCAUUCAAACGACUCCAAAUUUAAAAUGACGCAAAUUUAGAACAUUUAUUCGGUAAACUGACUUCGCAGAGUUUCAAACCGGUGUCAUUUCAGUUUAAAAAAUUUUUAAGUUGAGUGAACUGCAGCGAAAGAGUGCCUGGUAAAAGGCUUACAUAACAACUUAAAUAGUUAGCAAAACACUAGUUUUUUCGCGGUUCGAUAAACAACAGGAUUCCGCAUGGAAUAGACAAUAAACUGAAUGAAACGUAGUGGACAAAUUAUCGCUUUCUUAUCUGCAAAAAUCGGCCUAUGGUUCAAUGCCAUUAGAGCCCGCUGAAACUAGACCUAGAUACAAUUUUCCUGAGUCGAGAGUCGCUUUUCCAAGGUACAAUCAGCUAAGCUAAACACCCACGAAAGAAUAUUAAUGGCUGGCACAGAAUAUUUUCGCCAAACCGCAGUUCAACCACGCGAUCACAUACCUGUCAACACCAUGCGGAAAUCGCACGACCACACACUUUCGCGGCACUGAUAAGACUACCCACAACCACGCAUAAUCUUCUCACGUUUAUCAUAAGCGAAAUAUCAUCGAAUAACUCGGAAAAACGCAGCCUAUUGCCAGAUAAACACCUCUGGACUUUUCUUUAAUACUCGUCUUAUUAAAAUUCCCGGAUGUAGGGUCACACGGCCGGCGGAUCACCUUAGCAUGGAAUCAUGAAUCAUGAAUCGUGAAAGUUACAAAACAUAUAAGAAUCAUGAAGCUCUAUUCUUUUAAAAACUUGGGAAUCAUGAAUCAUUGUACUUCGGUUCGGGAAUCAAGAUUAAUUGUAACGAUACUCUUCCAGCUCCGAUUCAGGGAUAGCCUUCGAUCGUCCCGUUCGUCUCAGUCGUCUGAGAGCGUUUCCAUAUGCAUGAUCGCUUCAAAAUUUACACGAUCGUCCCGAUCGACCGGAUAGAUCGAGGUCGUCUUAGACCCUGUUUACAUGGAGUGGGGGACCCCGGUCUAGUGGGGUAGGUUUCUUUUGUUUUGUGUCCUCCAGAGCGUGAAAACAAAAGAAACCAACCCCACUAGACCGGGGUCCCCCACUCAAUGUAAACAGGCGCUUAGUCGUCCUGCCGGGUCGUUUGUGAUCGGUGUCCGGGUAGUGUUUCCAUAUGAUUGUCCCGAUCGUCUGAACAUUAUUUCAGACGAACAUAUGGAAACAAGCCUUUUUAGGAACAAUAUUUAUAAGAACAACGAGGUUAAAAUUUGCCCAAAAAUUAGGAACCACAUAAGAAGCAAAUGUAUUUUUUCAUUGACAAAGCAAAAUUCAUGAAUUCAUGGCUCAUCGGCUACAAAUGCAUUGCACGUUUUUGUUGGGAAACACACCGAGCGAACAGAUGAAAAAAACGGUAAAACUUUGAGUAUUUGUCUCUAGCAUUUACCCGAUGCACAACUGAUAUUUGUAUCACUGCAAAUAAAAAAAGUUCCAAAUCAUACCAUUGGACAAAUAACAACUUUAGCAAAACAAAAUUAAUACGAAUUGAAAUUAUCUUUCUAGACUUUUCGAAAGGAAGUCGAAACAAAAAACCCCUCUCGUAGUCUAUACUUACAAGAACAAUUUAAUAACAGUGAGGCGAGAUUUCUGCUAAAAGUUAAGAACAAUUUUACUUGUUCUUGUUAAAACAGGUUCCUUGGUUACUUUGGUUUUGUUCUGUUUGCUCUUGGAGGUUAUUUGCUGGGUUCAUUGAGUUAAAAACUUAAUCUGAACAGUCGCAGAUCCCAAUCUUCCAGUUUUAAACCUCCCCCCCGCCCCCCAAUGAUGUUUUUUGAGUUUUUUCGUAGAUGGUAAUACAUCAACACCUGACGUUUUCAGUAGUUGUUCGUUGAUCCCCUCGCAUGCAUUUCGAGACAAGUUUAAAGAUUGUCAGUUACUAUGGUUACGAGAUAUGACGUCAUGAAUAGAAGAAUGCAUGUUUUCUCAACUUCUUUCAACAAUAAAAGUAAAGGUCCAAUUUAUUUAUAAAUUAGGUUUUACCAUGUAUAAACCUUUCGUUGUUAUUUCGUCUGCCACAGAUGUGCAUUACAGGAGCUCUCGGAAUCCCUGGAAGUGGUAGAGAAAGGACUAAUACCCGCAAUUCUUUUGUAAGUAAGACGUUACUUGGCUUUAUUGUUCCCUAACGGUCUUAAUAUGAUUUUGACCAUUCCUUUUAACUUACAGUUUCCUAGUGGAAUUUUAUAUUGUUCCUUUUCAUUUAUAUAGAGGAUAUUACACGGUGGAGGGAAGAUAUGAAUUUUAUUUUCGAGUGGCAAAACAAUAUUUUACAAACGAGCGCAGCGAGUGAGUAAAAUAUUGUUUUACCACGAGAAAAUAAAAUUCCUAUCUUCAAGCCGCCGUGUAAAGUUCUUUUUAUUAUAUAGACAAAAAGACAUCGAUAAAAUAAUAGAGGGAAAUUACCGAAAUUACGUAAUCGAUAAACUCACGUGUGAGAUUAUGGAAAAUAAACCACUUGUGUCCUGGAUGUACUUUUUAUGAAUUUUACGAGUGGUAUAUUUUCCAGUAAAACACUCGUGUCUAUAUAAUAAUUUUUUUUUUCAGGCCGGCGUUUUUAUGGGUUUCUCUAUCACAUCCGCCGUGUUUGGUGGAAUAAUCAUCCUUUUUUACAGGAUUGGCAUCUCUCAGAUCACGUCGAGCGACCCGGAGUUUUACUUUGAUGACGUCGAGUCCUACAAUGAGUACUACCAAGGAAAGAUGGCUAUUCUGGCCAUCAUGCUUAUGAUGGGUAUCGCUACGUUUGGGAUUGGAAUCUGGGCAGCGAUAUGCACCUGUUUGUUGAAACCCUGCUGCGAACAGCAACCGCAGGUAGAGUAGCCAAAACUCAAAGCUUAUCACGCCCUUCUAAAGCUGCACUUUCACUUGGUCUGGGACUUUAAAGUACUUUAAAAUACACUGGCACUCAAAACGGUCCCCAGUAGGUUUCUCGGGACCCGGGAUUUCCUUUAUUUGAAGCUCGAGACUCGAAAUUCGGGUUUGAAAGUAUCAUUUGGGUGAUGAAAUGCCAAAAAUAACCCUCGGGAUUACGGGAUUGAAGAACCCAAUUGCGGACCCUGACUCAAACCGCUGGGAGUCAGCUUUGACAAAACGUCUUUGAACUGAUAUUGUCGUGAGAUAAUUGUGGAAUGUAAAUGUUCAAAAUCAUUUUUACGCUGCUCAAUAAAACGAAUAGAUAUGCUAAGAGGAAGGAAGAGUGAAACAAAAUAGUUUUAGUACUAUAAAGGAGAAGUCACCACACAAAUGGAUAACAAACGACAUCUAAUUGAAAUUAAGCUCUAAAAUGAGACACAGAAAUUAAUAGCAUCUCCUUUCUGGAGGUUUCAGUGUAGUCCACUAUUACCCCCUGGAAAAUGUAUGAAGCAACUAUCACUCUAAAUUUGUGGUAAACCUACAGUAAUUUAUAUACUUCAAAUACUAACAGCGGAGGGAUAUGUUGUCCCCCAGUUCCCUGCAGGUGUACCUGUAGCUAUUCCAAUGCAACCAGGUAUCCCUGGAGCUGCACCACAGGGUUCCCAACAACCAGUGGUCCUGGUGCCUGUUUCUGGUACAUCACCAGGUCAGCAUGUGAUGGCCCAAGCUACCUCGUCUGAAGGGAUG